GGCCCGCAUAAAAAGCCCUAGGAGGGAGCCUCUGCUGUUGUGGCCGGAGCUGGAAAUCUGUAACUAUCUCGACCCAGAGAACCGAAGGGACCACACCGACCUCAAACGGAUUCUGGCGAUAGUCUCCUGACAACCCACUCCUUGUUGUUCCCCAAAAACUAUCAAAUCGCUCACCCCAUCGAACCACUUUAUGACACAUCAAGUGGCGUGCAUCCCUGAUUUGAGCGGGAAAUAGGUAGAUUUUGUCGUAUCUCGGUGACUAAAUCGAGUCCACCAAAGCGGCAGUCGCAGCCGUGCGGCCGACAGGAGGAGCCUUCGCGCCGCGUGUUGGGAUAGGCGCGCACGCACAGGGCCUGGUGCAACUGUUUAGGGGACCGACUGCAUUAAGAGGCCUGGACGGUUCCUGGCGGCAGCUGCCCGUCCGUUCCGUUAAAAGGUGUCCCCAAAGAUGCCAUCCAACAACCGCACCACUUCCCCACAAACCUCCCCUUCUUCCUCGAACACGGCCGUCUCCCGAAUACGCAACAUUGCAAACCACAUGAUGGCGGCCCCUUCAACGAGCAGCUUCACGGCCGAGCUGGUCCCCCAGGCCCCAGAGGACCCCCUCUUCGGCUUGAUGAGGGCCUACAGGGCCGACCAGAGCCCGAACAAAGUCGACUUGGGAAUUGGCGCCUACAGGGACGACAAUGCGAAGCCGUGGGUGCUUCCCGUCGUGAAGAAGGCGGACGACAUCAUCCGUAACGACCCCGAGCUCAACCAUGAGUACCUCCCGAUCGCCGGCCUGGCCUCGUUCACGAGCAAGGCUGCCGAGCUGAUGCUGGGCGCCGACACGCCGGCCAAGGGUCGCGUCACGUCAGUCCAGACCAUCUCGGGCACUGGCGCCGUCCACCUGGGCGCGCUGUUCCUGCAGAAGUUCUACCGCAAGGCCCACCCAACCUCCGUCUACCUGUCCAACCCGACCUGGGCGAACCACAACCAGAUCUUCGGAAACGUCGGCGUCCCCACCGCCACCUACCCCUACUUCGACAAGUCGACCAAGGGCCUCGACUUUGAGGGCAUGAAGGCUGCCCUGCAGCAGGCAGAGGACCACUCCGUCAUCCUGUUGCACGCCUGCGCGCACAAUCCAACGGGCGUCGACCCGACCCAAGAUCAGUGGCGUGAGAUUGCGGGCAUCAUGCGCGAGAAGAACCACUUCCCCUUCUUCGACUGUGCUUACCAGGGAUUCGCUUCGGGCGACCUCGACCGCGACGCCUGGGCCGUGAGGUAUUUUGUCGAGCAGGGAUUCGAGCUUGUCAUUGCCCAGUCGUUUGCCAAGAACUUUGGUUUGUACGGUGAGCGGGCCGGAUGCCUCCACGUCGUUGGCGCGCCGGUGGCAGAUGCGACCGAAACCAUCGGGCGCGUGGCAUCGCAGCUCGCGAUCCUGCAGCGGUCUGAAAUUUCCAACCCGCCCAUCUACGGCGCGCGCGUGGCCAGCACCGUGCUCAACGAUGCGGCGCUAUUUGCCGAGUGGAAGGAGAACUUGCAGACCAUGUCUGGGCGCAUCAUCAGCAUGCGGACGGCGCUUCGGUCCAAGCUCGAGGAGCUGGGCACGCCAGGAACCUGGAAUCACAUCACGGACCAGAUCGGCAUGUUCAGUUUCACGGGCCUGUCGGAAGAGCAAGUGCUCAAGCUGCGCAGCGAGUUCCACGUCUACAUGACCAAGAACGGACGCAUCAGCAUGGCUGGCCUCAACACGCGCAACGUCGACUACUUUGCCAAGGCUGUUGACAAGAUUGUGAGGGAGUCGCAGUAGAGGGCGUUUGGUUCCAGGGGAUGAGGAUGAUUAGACUAGCUGGGCUGGCGCUUGCGGCAAGCUUCGAUUUACACAGGGUCGCUUUUGAAUGGCACUGUAGUUUGAGCAGAGGCCCGUGCCAUGCAUGACCUUGACAAAAAUGAUAAACCCCGUCAAACCUUGAUGGGCCAUUGUAGCUGA